GACCUAACGGUGACAGAACAUCUGGGCAGCUGGCAGCAGCUCCACGUCACUCACCCUAGCUCGCAGCUGAUUGGUUGAGGCGGCGGGAGACUGCGAUUGGCUGAGCGGAAGGAUGCGUCAGGCGCCACGUCCGCAGCGGCCGCAGAGUGAGCGAGAGGAGAUAUUAUUAUAGCGCUGGUGGCGGCGGCGGAGGGAGACCGGACUCGUGAGUUGCAGCUGUGAGUCGGUUGCUAUCGGAGUGUGCGGAGGUGUGAGCUCCAGGCACAAUGAAUCAGACCGAGAAAUCAGAAGAGGAGGUUCCUGCAUAUCUACGAGAAGAGGCGCCAGAUGCUACCGUCAAAGACCACCCUCAGCCACAGUCGGGCAUGUUCUCCCGUGUAACCGGGGGCAUCUUCAGCAUGACUAAAGGGGCCGUUGGUGCCACCAUAGGCGGAGUUGCCUGGAUUGGAGGCAAAAGUUAUGAAGUGACCAAAACGGCAGUCACAUCAGUGCCAAGUAUAGGCAUCGGCAUCGUGAAAGGCGGAGUGUCGGCAGUCACUGGAAGCGUUGCAGCCGUGGGGUCUGUUGUUUCCAGUAAAGUUUCUGGCAAAAAGAAAGACAAAUCUGACUGAGACUAUAUCAUUUAGAGACUGACCCAGCCGUGAUUUGGUGGCUUCGGCAGAGUUGAGCUAACGCCACACCACCUAAGACCCUUACUUCUGUAUGGUGCGGUUAUACCAGCAAACAGAAGGAUUUGCAGCAGUUGUGCAGCGAACAGGCUAUGAAGGAGUCAUUCAAACUGCAAUUCAGAUGUUACAUUUUUGUUAUUACACCAAAUCAUGUGGUUACCGUUCAAAAAUGUUCAAUAUGUCAGUUGCUGGUAACAACCCCUCAAAGCCAUUUGUUGGUGAACUUUUAUUGUUUUGGAUUUUUGUGUAUGGAUUUUUUUUUUCUUUGCUUUUUAAUCUAUGCUAGAGAAGUCACAGCACAUAGAUGUGUUUUUUGGUGCGUGUGGAUUAUAUAGUACACGUCCUUUUAUGUCUUGCUAUGCCUGUGUAGGUUCAGAGUGGACAGUUUCUGUUGAAAGUCCAUACACCGUGUACUACACCUGUGCAGGCUGUCAGUGGAUAGUGGCACACAAUCUGCACUAUGUUUAUGUCCAGAGAUUUCAAAACUUUAUUUUGUCUUCUUUCUCCAGUGUACGUUCUAAAUACGAUUUUGGGAUAUUCCUAUUUUCUGCAAGUAGUUCUAUAUUUAACAGUGUUCUAUGUUCCUUCCCAUGAUAAACUUGUUUUAAGGUCUAUUGAACAUCUGAAUCUGGGUUUAAUUUAUUCUGUGACAUGAAAAACUGUUAAACUAUGUACGUCUUCGCUCCAUCUGCCCCCUCUCCCUCACCUGCCACAUUUUAGUGCCUUAUAGAAAACCCUCAGGUACACAUCAUAAAUGCUAUUUACACUACCGUAUACGUUGUUUCGUUAAGCGUCUCAUAUAAAGGUAAGGUUAUAUCCUUUGUGUCUGUAUUUGCACACGUUUAGCACUCCCACUUUCACUGCCAAUCAGAAGUGUAGUUACCCAAUUUUUCCCUCUUGGCUUUGGAAAUGUUUUUUUUUUCAUUUUAAAGGAUUCCAGAAGUGGUAGUUUACAUAUUUUUAUACAUUGCAAGAUGCUUAUUUUCUAUAUAAAUAAAGUAUAAUUAUUUGCUGUGUCUUUGGAACUUUAAACAUAGGAUUUACUAGGGAAUGCAAAGUAUAACUGUAAAAUUACUGUCCUGGUUACAAUCAGCAGCUACAGAUGUGUACAUGGUUUUUUUUUUCUUUCCCCUUUUAUACUUUUAAUAUACUUGUUUCAGAUAAAUACUGAAUUUGUUGCCCACUUGAACUGUGAAUUAUGGUGAGAGAUUAAAAUAAACAUUGUGCCUGAA